UGAAAUGGCAGAGUGCCUCGUGUACCUCCCGAUUUCAGGCAUGACCCCUCUAGGUCUUCGAGUCUCCUUCGACGUUCUUCUCUGACAACCAAAACACAACAACAUCGCACUACUUCCUUUUUCGAACUUCAUCCCUGAAGAUUUUCCUCUCCAUGCGUGACAAUUUCCUCAAGAGUGAAUGGAAUAAAAAUCCUGGAAUUUGAGAGAUUUCGAAAAAAGUGUCUUUAAAUGUUUAGAUGGAAAGUUCCCAUGAAAAUGUGGUGAAAAACACUUUCUACCUAGAGGGAAAUAACUUUGGUCACUGACUCUUCGAAAAUAUCUAUCAAAAUGACAAUCUGUCAACAAUCGAACAUAUGCCCGAGAUAAUCAAUAUAUUUUUCAAACUUCUUCUUCAUGAUGUGAUCCUGAACAAUGGAAAUACCAAGAAUCUCUUCUCAAGCUUCCAUCUGUCCUCCAACUAUACACGUAACACCGUACAAACCUAGGUCAGCCACCUUCAGCCAACGACUUCUUACCCAGCAUAACAACAAUUAUGAACCAACCUUCGCUCUAUUACCAACAACGCCCAACUACCACCCAAGCAGAAAGAGAGAAGAGGCUGAGGCCUUACAGAACCUCAGGAAAAAACUGAGGGCUGUGAAGAUAGUCGAGGCUAACAAGCCGGAACCAACAACACCUUCAAUUUCGAACAACAACCUUUCACCAACCGAUGUGGACAAUCGGCCUAAUCUUCUCCAGAAAAUACUUCACAACAGGCCUAUGAGUAUGGUUUUAGACAUAUCAGAUUUGAGGACUGCAUGGCAAGACAGUGACUUCAUUAGCGAAUGUCUAUGUUGGCAUAAUGUCUAUAGGCAGAGGCAUAACUCUCCAACUCUUACAAUGUCCGCACAGUUAUGUCAUUUGGCACAAACUUGGGCAAAUCAUCUGGCUCAUACAAAUAGAUUCUACUAUAGAAAUGAUAAGGACAUAGGACAAAAUAUGUUUUGCAAGUUGUCGAAUGGCGUAGAAAAUACAGACAUCUCAGGUCAGGAAGUUGCCAAUUACUGGUAUUGUGCUGUGAAACAAUAUGACUAUGGGAAAGAACCAGAUGUUUUACAUACGAAUGUAAAUUCAGGCCAUUUCACGCAGUUGGUCUGGGCAGGUUCCAAAAGGUUUGGUAUAGGAAAAGCCAGAUCGAGGACUGGCAAAGUUGUCGUUGUAGCUCACUAUUUUCCCCCUGGCAAUAUAUCUGGACAAUACUUACAAAACGUCUUUCCACCAUGUAUGGAAUUUCCUAAUAUAACUGGUAGCAGACUACUAAGAACGAGAUUCAAGAUGAAUAGUGAAAGCACAGGAUCUCGUUCAACCACAAGCGAUGCUUCAGAGGUAUCAUGA